UCCCCUCUGCUGUACAGCCUCAGACUGCACGGACAAGAAACUGGUGUAGUGUUUUGCUGCAGAUUUGGAAUGAACUAACGCUUAAGUCUGCAUGUGAGGGACAGCACGUGAUCGGGAUAUUCGCUUUAAUGAUUUCCGUCGUUGAGGUUACAGCAGGAGAUGGCACUGCUGAGCCGCAACACUGAGCCAAUCGGCAACGAACGCUUGGAGAAAUGGGUGUCAGUUGACUCCGGGGGAUUCGGUCAUGUCUACAAGGCCAGGCACAAGGAAUUGUGCAUUGAUGUGGCCAUUAAGAUACUUCGCGAUGAUGUUCGCCCAGCACUGUAUGAAGAGGCUAAAAAUAUGGAAAAAGCCUCCUGUCCGUUUGUGCUGACGCUUUAUGGAAUGUAUCAGGGAUGUCCCCCAUUUGGGGGAACAUCAAUGCAACAGGGAAUAGUGAUGGAGUUCAUGGAAAGAGGAUCUGUUCACUCCCUGCUGAAGGACCUGUCUGGCCCCCCGCCAUGGCCCUUGGCCUUCCGCCUGGCCCAUCAGGUGGGUCUAGGCAUGAACUUCCUCCAUUCAAUGGACCUUAUGCACCAGGAUCUAAAGCCAAGUAAUGUACUGCUGGAUGACAACCUUAAUGCCAAGCUAGCAGACUUUGGUCUGUGCAGGGUUUCCACCAGUGCCUUGAACAGCAGCAGAGAAGCAACAGGAGCAAUUGGAGGCUCACACAAGUACAUGCCUCCUGAGGCUUUUGAGGCAUCAUAUAAACCUACCCGUGCUUUUGACAUAUACAGCUAUGGCAUCCUGCUCUGGUGUAUCGUUACCGGUAAAGAGCCCUAUCCAAUGGCUGAUUACAGUCUUGUGGCCCUGGGGAUCCCUCGAGGGGACAGACCUCCCUGUGACAAAAUUAAGCAGAUGAACGUGGAGGGGUUGAAACAGCUGGUUGACCUCAUGCAGAGGUGCUGGGUUCAAAAUCCCUCCGAGAGGCCACCUUUUAAAGAGUGCCUUAAAGUCACUGAGAAUUUGUUGUCAAUGCACAAGAAGGGAAUUCCUAAUGCAUUCCUUGAAGUCUCGACAAGACUGUCACCAACCAGUAAUCAACAUUCCAACUGUUUUCCUCAUCCGACACCAGAACAGACACAGGCAAAUGAUACUGUGGAUCAUGUCAGAUUUACUAAAAUGAAGGUCAUCCCGUCUUCAAUGCAGGAUUCUGUUUCUACUAAAAUAAUCAGUAAUGCAGAGAAAGCAAAGUUUGUUGAUGACAAGAGGGCAGCAUUAAUUCAGAAAGUUUCUGAGGUGAUGGCAGUAGCAGAGGAUCUUGGAAACAUGGUGCACCCUGAAGCCUACGCAGUGAUUGACGCUAAAGGGACGAGCCAGGAGAAAAUGAGAGUUCUUUAUCAAAGGGUACUUACAUCAGGAGGGGAAAAGGUCAAAGCAGCCUUCUACGACGCUCUCAGAAACCAUCACCCUGCGCUAAUGGACAGUGACUAAUUCUAAAGCAAAUGGGGCUUUCCUUCAUUUUAUGGACAGCGGUGUGAAAGACUUUCUCUGCCUCUACUCCUUUCAUCUUUAUUUUUAUAUAUUAUAUUUUAUAUGUUUUUUUAUAUAUUCUGUUCAUUUUUAUGUAUGCGAUUCGUUGACAUGUUACUCCACUGUAUUUACAACAAUCAUGCAUAUAAUGAACUUUUUAAACAUGUUUUUAAUAAAAAAAAAAAAUUCAGAAA